AUGAGUAUGGCAGUGGUGAGAGGGGGCGGAGUCAUGAGUUUGGCAGUGGUGAGAGGGGGCGGAGUCAUGAGUAUGGCAGUGGUGAGAGGGGGCGGAGUCAUGAGUGUGGCAGUGGUGGGAGGGGGCGGAGUCAUGAGUAUGGCAGUGGUGAGAGGGGGCCGAGUCAUGAGUAUGGCAGUGGGGCGGAGUCACGAGUGUGGCAUUGGUUUGAGGGGCGGAGUCACGAGUGUGGCAGUGGUGAGAGGGGGUGGAGUCAUGAGUAUGGCAGUGGUUAGAGGGGGCGGAGUCAUGAGUGGCAGUGGUGAGAGGGGGCGGAGUCAUGAGUGUGGCAGUGGUGAGAGGGGGCGGAGUCAUGAGUGUGGCAGUGGUGAGAGGGUCGGAGUCAUGAGUGUGGCAGUGGUGAGAGGGGGCGGAGUCAUGAGUGUGGCAGUGGUGAGAGGGGCGGAGUCAUGA